UGUGCAAAUACAAAUACAGGUCAAUGGACUACAGCGACCCUAUAUGCGUUCCUCCAUUUGGAAAGACGACGGUAAGAGGAAAAUUCGCUAUCGGAUAUCCCUUGGUUCUUGAAUGCAGGAGGAAUGUGCUGGAUAAGCUCGAAUUCCUGUGCAUAAGUGUUCACCCACUGAGAGAAUUUCCGCGUCUUCACGUGAGCGGCCAAUCGAGGCAGCUCUUCGUCUAUUGCGUAGAUGGCGACGUACUUGCGAGCAGCAUCGAAUAGAUGGCACAAAUACUGAUGAUACAUAUCCUUUUGGACGAAAUGAAAAAGCACGUCGAGAGAGAGGGCCAGAUCGCCGGACAGCGCACAUGAAUUGUCAACAAAUGAGCUGGGGUCGUAGCGGAUGAACGACUUCGUGGGGUCGUCGCGAAAAAGUCUGCAGGUCAGGACAACCAAAGGAGAAGUACAAACGACCCGAUGAAUGCCUUGCAUUCAAACGACACCUGGCGGUCUGCUUGAUGACCGUCGGACUCAUGUCGACUCCUAUGUUCGCCAGGCCCAAAGUAUGGCCAUCUGUGGUCAAGCAAAGACAAAGAGACUUCUGUUGGACAUGUGAUACGUGCAGUGCCGGGUAUAUCAACGCCGACUCCCAACUCGAUUACGCUUUGAACUGCAUGGUCUUUGACGAAGUUGUGACGAAGUUGCUCAAAAUCUGCGCCUGGCAGGAAAAUGUGUGAACAUUGAAAUACCAAUCACGGUGACGUGACCCCGCCACUGAGUUCCCUCCUUGCCAUACCUUUUCUCCCAGUACCCAUCCGAAUCGAACUUGACAUUUAUUUUCCAUCCCGAGCUCCGCUAAGGGCACGCGAUUUGGACGAAGGCGGCGGUACCAGCAUCCCGCCGAUUUUGGAUGUUCUGGAAUGGGAUUGCACAUGCUCGGAUGCGCGAGUGAUGGGACGCCACCCACGCUUUUCGAGACAUACAAGUAUGCCCACGCAACGACCACGAGAGACACCGUCCCCAAGGUUGAAGUCCGUAAUAGGUAAAGGAGAUGUCUUGAUAGC